AUGAUGACACCGUCCAGUAUUGCCGGCAGCUUUGGUGGAGCCAUUAACAUGACCGCCAGUAGCAUCGCACCCACGUGGACCACGCAGCCACCUCCGGGGCGUUCGACUACUGUCACAUUGCAGCAACUUAGUGGCUUUAGUAUGCGCAACUUAUCGAUUUAUGGCACCAGUGGCGACUCUUUACUCAAUGUUUACUUCAAAUUAGUGGUGGACGGUUGUGUCGUUUACGAGAGUGAAAUCGCGCGGAAUACGCUGAAUCCAGUAUGGGUGCCGUUUCAGUCCGAGGACGACAGUAGUGGCGAUGGAUUGGCAGGAGUAGAGACGUUGCUGAGCGGCACAAGGUUUGAGAUUGUCGUAGUGCGUGUACACGACCGGAAAGCCGUAAAAAGGCCACGACGCAAGUCGCGUGCUACAAGUGAUCGCUUGUCCUUUGAAGACAAUCAGCCUAUGAACAAUUCGCGGUCUUUUCAUGACGCAACAAAUAGUUUUGAUGAUGUGGAUGAGUUGGGACCAAAUGACGGAAUCACGGACUUUGAUACGUCGACUUGGACUGGCACUGGCAGUGGCAAUGAAAAUGAUAUAAAAGUAUUUGGAGAAGAUAUUUUGAAUCUCAGCUUUGGAGUACGAGAGCUUGAGCCGCUGCCUGUAGCACUCACAGAUUUAACGAAUCUGCCAUUAAACACUUGCUUGUUUGAGUUUUCAAGCCACACGUACGUGCAUCGUGAAGUGCUUGAACUUUUAUACGAAAAAGGUGUCAUUGCAGUUAAACACUCGAGGAGGAAAGGUUCAGCUAUACCGUUAAAGGACUACAGUUUACAUGGAGGUGUGGAUGCGCUAGAACAGAUUUUGACGACCAAACAGAAGAUUACUGAACUGACAAUAACGAACGCAGACCUAAAGGAACGGAUCCGGAAUAGGUUGCUGCACUCUCAGCAACGGAUUACGCGCGAGCAGCAGCGCACGACGCUAGAAGAGCGCGUUCGCGUUGCACGAGCGCGAGUGGCAGAAAAGCAGCACGCGUUGGCGCGGCUUAAAGCCGUGAUGGAGGACGAGCGCAGGACGUUUGAGACAGAUAUUCAUAUUGCGAAGGCACUUGUGAGCACAAUGCAAAUGACCAUGCGUUACAAGGAGGAACGUCAGAGCAUCCUUGAACGUCGAUGCGAGGUGUUGCGCGCUGCGCACAAAAUUCGUUCUCGACAGGCGAUGCUUGUGAAGCAGCUCGGCACUGUGUACCCCAUCGAGUAUGUUGGUGCUGGCGAGUACAGCAUCCGUGGGAUUCGCAUCGCCAACUCAGAUCUCACUGGCGGUGGCAGAGCUGAUGAAGAAAUGAUUUCUACAGCUUUGGGAUACAUUGCGCAUCUCGUGUUCAUGCUUAGUAAGUAUUUGCAAGUGAACCUCCGAUAUCGUGUGGUGCCGUACUCGUCGCGCUCUUUCCUCAAGGAUGAGAUUAACGACCCUCAGGGCGAGUAUCCGUUGUACAAGAGAGGCGUUGAAAAGGAUCGCCAUGAGAAGGCAAUUCGUUUUCUUCGCAAAGAUGUGGAGCAGCUUCUGUUUGCACGAAGUUUAGAUCCCACACUGGAGGCACCUAUUCUCGCUCGACUAAAGGAGCUCACAGAUGCCGAGAGCGCAUGGCUUGCGAUCGAUCGAAAUGCAAGCAGUAUGAACGGCUGUGACACGGGUGCCAUUGUGCCCAGGUAG